GGGUGGGCUCCUAGAUACGGGGACGCGAGGCUCUUUCCUUUCCGCCUUCUCUAGCGCUUUCUCGGCGCGCGGUUUCGACUUGGGCUAAGUGGUGCGGAGAGGGUGCGGGGUACCUCCUCCCUUCUGCUCCUACUGGAUGUGUCCACUUCGUGCUUGGCUGGAAUUCAGGGGUCCGAAGUGUCAGCUUUAGGCCUGGUGAAGCGUGGUGACCCCAUGGCCCCUCUCGGAGGCGCCCCGCGGCUGGUGCUGCUGUUUAGCGGGAAGAGAAAAUCCGGGAAGGACUUCGUGACCGAGGCGCUGCAGAGCAGACUUGGAGGUAACAUCUGUGCGGUCCUGCGGCUCUCUGGUCCACUCAAGGAGCAGUAUGCUCGGAAGAGGCCAUUGGAUUGCCUGGAAUUAGAGUUACAGACAUUCGUGGGCCACUGUGUGAGGGAGCAUGGCUUGGACUUCCAGCGACUCCUGGAUGCCAGCACCUACAAGGAAGCCUAUCGAAGGGACAUGAUCUGCUGGGGAGAGGAGAAGCGCCAGGCCGACCCAGGCUUCUUUUGUCGGAAGGUUGUGGAAGGCGUGUCCCAGCCUAUCUGGCUGGUGAGUGACACACGGAGGGUGUCUGACAUCCAGUGGUUUCAGGAGGUCUAUGGGACUGUAACACAGACAGUCCGAGUUGUAGCGUCGGAGCAGACCCGGCAGCAGCGGGGCUGGGUGUUCACAUCAGGGGUGGAUGAUGCCGAGUCAGAGUGUGGCCUGGACAACUUCGGGAGCUUUGACUGGGUCAUUGAGAACCAUGGAGAUGAGCAGUGCCUGGAAGAUCAGCUGGAGAGCCUGCUGGGAUUUAUUCGUGCCAAACUUUAGUGAUCGAUCAGGCAUGAGGGGUGGGCAGAGACUGCUGCACUGCGGCGAACCCUGGCUCUGACAGAUGUGGGUCCCCCGUCUUGGCUGAGGUCACAGAGCAGACAGACAGUCUGAGGAACGGGAGGAUGAACGUGGGCUGUGGACACGUUUGGAAACCUCUGGUGUGCUUGUCUUCCCUGGAGAGGUCGCCCUGCUUUCAGGACAUUUACAGGGCAAAGGGGGGUGCAUCAGUUUUGCUCUAGGCAGGAACAUUUCCAUGCCCAUGGGUGGUCAGCCCUGCUGAGCUGGGAUGGUUUUGCUUCCCUGUGCGUAUGCUUUUGGCCCUGGAAUCCUAAUAAACCUUCUUGGAACACA